AUGAAGUCGCCCAAGGAUAUGGAGGUCGAGACUCUGUCGCGACUUCUCAAGAGCUACACUCUCUGGGGUGACUGCGAAGAUCUCAAAUGCGCGUGCAAGCAGGAGCUUUUCCCCGCCUCCGUGGCCAUCACCGUGGACGAAAACGUGCGGGACGAGUGGAAAGAAGAGAUCUACGACAAGUUCAUUGUGUCCAAAUGUAAGAAGGCCAAGGUCCUUUCUUACAGCAAGGCCCUGGCUGUGACUGAGUCGGACGAACCGCUCGACUCCACCAAGGCCAAGCCUAAAAAGCCCAUCGAGCACCCCGUCGUCUUCAUGCCCAAGGCCUACCAGCACAUGUACAAGUCGUCCAAGGUGUCGAUGCAGAACAAGGACACGGGUCUAUGGACCGGCGGCUUUCUGACAGGCUACUGGCUGUUUUUGGCGUUUGGUUGUAUGGUUCUCAACCUCUUCCGAUGGUUCACCUGGAAGCGAUCGGCCAACCGGUCUGUUUUGAAGCGUCCCAACGCUCUGGUUCGGGCCUACCAACGUCAUAUUGAAAUGCCCGCUCUCUACGGAUUCAGACACAUGCAGCGAAUCAACUUCUACGGCAUUGAAAUGUCCAUCCCUACCCGAUGGGAAACAAUUGUCAUUUUCUUCUACUUUGCCUGCUCCGUCAUUCUGUUGGCAACCCGAUACGAAGUGGUGCAUCCCGAAAGUGCCCGGUUCGGCUCCCAGAGACAACAGCUGCUCAAGUACGUUGCCGACCGGGCGGGAAUCCAGGUCACGGUCCAAUUGCCCAUGCUCGUGCUGUUUGCGCUCAGAAACAACUUUCUCAUGUGGUUGACGGGCUGGUCCUUCUCUACCUACCAGUGUUUCCAUCGAGCGGUUGCCCGAGUGACCUAUCUUCAGAUCAUUGUUCACGCCUCGUGUUACCACAUGUUUGACGGCGCCAAAAGCGGCGGAAUCCGGCCCAAUCUAUGGGUAAAGGUCUACUUCAAGGGAGGCGUGGUUGCCGCCGUGGCCAUGGCGUGUCUGAUUCUGUCGGGUCUGUUUCGACACAAGUGGUACGAGGCCUUUCUCUUUUUCCACAUUGGAGCCGCCAUUGUCGCUCUCUACUUCACCUACGACCAUCUGUCCACUCUGGAGUACAUGGAGCCCGUCUAUGUUGCCUUUGGCCUGUGGGCCGCCGACUGGCUCAUUCGGGCACUGCGGGUGCUGUGGAUUAACAUCCGAUGGUUCCGGUCCUCCAGCGUGUUUAUGACCGAGGCCCAGAUGUCGCUGGUCGACUCCGACGUUGUCAAGAUGGACAUCAACACCCCCUGCCGAUGGACUGUCAAGCCCGGUCAGUACGUGUUCAUCCACAUUUUCCGAAUGGGUCUGUUGGAGUCGCAUCCCUUUUCAGUCAUGACCUCGGAGAACGGCUCGUUUCAGCUCAUGGCCCGGGCUAGAGGUGGCAUGACUCGACGACUCACCAAGAGUAUCGCCAAGGGCAACACCAACAUGAAGAUGCUGAUUGACGGAGUCUACGGCCACACCCAACCCGUGGAUCUGUACGACAACGUUCUGCUGGUGGCUGGCGGCAUUGGAAUCACUGCCGUCAUCCCCUACGCCGAAGAUAUCGUCGCCCGAAACAUCCCCGCCAAGGUCAAGCUCAUGUGGACCGUGCGAGACAUUACUCAUCUGGAGCUCAUGGCGGACCGGCUGGAGAAGCUGGUGGAGGACGGACACGUGCAGCUCGAGCUCUACGUGUCGCAGACCCACGGAGACACUACCUAUCUGUCGUCUCCAGUGGAGGAGAAGGGCUCUUUCAACGACAAGAUUGAGGAGGAGGAGUCCGAUUCGGGUAACUCGCAGGAGGAUCUGGGUAACGCCGAGGCCGACAAGGACGUGAUGCGGGCCAAAAAGGACCACCAUCUCCAUCUGCAUCAACACAACCCCGACCUGGCCGAAGAGGUGCUUGAGAAGGGCAUUCAGCAUCCCCCCAAGCAGGUGCCUGUGCCCGGUUCUCAGGGCAAAAUGCCUCUCUACGCAUCUCUGGUCAACAUGGGCAAACGACCCGUUCUCACCGAGGUGGUCACCGCCACCUUCACCGAGGCUGAGGGCUCCGUGGCGGUUCUGGGCUGCGGUCCGGCCACCAUGGUCGACGCUCUGCGAGGAGUGGUUUCUGCCGAGAUGGGUCUCGUUAUUAACGGCCGAGUGGACUAUUACGAGGAGGCCUUUGGAUGGUAA